AUGUAUUCCGAAUUCGUCAAUCACCACCUCAUAUUGCUUCAACACCCAUCUCCAUGUAUUCAGUUUCGUCAUUCAACGGUGCAUACUCGUUUCCCAGGACAAAAAUCGAUCAGAGACUCCACAACACCGGACCCGUCGUCUUCACAGAAGGCCAACAAAACAUUUCGACUAUUAUCGUGGUGUCGAGACGAGCCGCCUACGUUCCCGACCUUGCUGACACAGUCACCAGUAUGCAAGGAGCGACGAACCGUCAAUAUCUCGAAAGUUUAG